GUGCGAGAAUAUCCAUGUCUCGUUCGCCUGUCCGACGGCGGCAAAUUCAAAUUUUCGACCAGGGUGUCCUCUGGAGAUCUUCAUAAAUUUCACAGCGCGUAUGGUUCCUUGCUGAAGGCGUCAAUGACGACCCUACGGAAAAGAGACAAAAAGCGGGAGAAACAGCGCGCGGAGGAGGCUGCUCGCCGGAAAAAGAAGCUUUCCGAGCCCAUCGUCGUUGAGGGUAAAAAGCGAGGGAACGGUCGACGGAAACGGCAGAGGAAGAUGAAGGCUGCCAUUAAGCAGCAGACAUCGAUUCAGAAACUCCAGGAGAGAGAGGAGGCGAAGGCGAAGGCUUCGUAGUCCUUAUUUUUGUUGUGUAUAUGUCGCGUUGUAUGUAUUCUAUUGUUGUUCACAUAAUGGAUAUAUUGAUAGCAAUCCGAUACAGUUACAUUUUGCCGCCUUUCCCAA